GUAGUAAUUUUUUUUUUCCAAAAAAAAGGGACAAUAUCUUUCCCGUUGGCACUUGCAUUACAAGGCAUCCCUUCCAUCCUUAGGCAGAAAAUGGAGAAGUACCGAUCACUGCAUAUCGUUGCAGAUUCUCCGAUAGUUACCGUAAAUUUGAACCGACCUGAACGCCUUAACGCUCUCUCCCGCGAAUUCUUCAUCGAGUUCCCUAAAGCCCUUGCAUCGCUCGACGAAAGCCCCAAUUUUUCCGUUAUCGUCUUGGCCGGCGCCGGGAAACACUUCUGCUCCGGAAUCGAUGUGGAUAUUCUUGCAUCGGGCUCAAUUGUGUCCCGAUCCGCUGAACCCGGCCGCAACGGCGAGAAGCUCAGGCGUGACAUCAAAUUCCUGCAGGAAGCGGUGACGGCUAUCGAGAGGUGUAGGAAGCCGGUGAUUGCCGCCGUCCAUGGCGCCUGCAUCGGCGGUGCAAUUGACAUCAUUACUGCCUGCGACAUUAGGUACUGUGCGGCCGAUGCUUAUUUCUCGGUUAAAGAGGUUGACAUGGCCAUUACUGCUGACCUCGGAACACUCCAGAGGCUUCCUGGAAUUGUUGGAUACGGAAAUGCAAUGGAGCUGUCUUUAACUGGCCGUAAAUUUACUGGUUCAGAGGCUAAGGAGAUAGGCUUGAUCUCCAAAGUUUUCCCUAAUAAAGAAGCCUUGGAGGAAGGUGUAAAAGCUGUUGCUCAGGGAAUAGCAGAAAAGUCUCCCCUCGCUGUGAUCGGAACAAAAGCGGUGUUGCUGAGGAGUAGAGAUUUGACAGUGGAGCAAGCUCUAGAUUAUGUUGCAACAUGGAACUCCGGUGUCCUUCUAUCUGAUGAUCUGAAAGAGGCAAUCUCAGCACGAAAAGAGAAGAGAAAACCAAUAUUUUCAAAACUAUAGAGCAGACAUCGGGGUGUAUAACGUUGCUCUUUGCACUACGUGGGUUCGUGAGUCCUAUACUCUUAUGUUAAAUGGAUACUCUCUGGAAGCCAUGGUUUUGCACCAAUCAUAAAGGCAUAUUCAACCCCCCCAAAUGUUUGAGAGGUGAAAUGUAAAAAUAUCUAAAAACUUCAUGAAAAUGUUUCCAUAUAUAAUCCCUCCGUCUCGGUAAAUAUUGUUCCACCUUGAUUUCAUGGUGUUUUAAAGCAAAUUUUAUCAUGUGCUUUGACAUUGUUAGACGGGAUCAUAUCAAGUCCUACUAAAAUCAGAUCGGAUCAGAUGAUGUGUUAAAACACUAAAGACGAUAUAUUUUG